CCCAGGAUGUCUACUCUACGACUUCCCCUUAGCAACCGACUGGCCGAGCUUGGUUCCCUUAGUAACCGGGCGAAGCGUCGGCUUGCGUGGAAGCAGUCGGGUGGCCGGCGCUUGAGACGGGAAAAUGCACCGGCUGUACAACUCACUGGAGCCAAGGGUGAUGGAUGAGGACAUGCUCAAGCUGGCUGUGGGAGAACAAGGCCCUCGGGAGGAGGCUGGGCAGCUGGCCAGGCAGGAGGGCAUCCUCUUCAAGGAUGUCCUGUCGCUGCGGCUGGACUUCCAGAACAUCCUCCGCAUAGACAGCCUCUGGGAGUUUGAGAACUUGACAAAGCUCCAGUUGGACAACAACAUCAUUGAGAAGAUCGAGGGCCUGGAGCAACUUGUACACCUGGUCUGGCUGGACCUGUCUUUCAACAACAUUGAGGCCAUUGAGGGACUGGACACGCUGGUGAACCUGGAAGACCUAAGCUUGUUCAACAACCGGAUCUCCAAGAUUGACUCUCUGGAUGCCCUCGUCAAGCUGCAGGUGUUGUCGCUGGGCAACAACCAGAUCGGCAACAUGAUGAAUAUCAUCUACCUGCGGCGGUUUAAGGACCUGCGGACACUCAGCCUCUCUGGGAACCCCAUCGCAGAGUCGGAGGAUUACAAGAUGUUCGUCUGUGCCUACCUUCCUGACCUCGUGUACCUGGACUUCCACCGUAUUGACGACCACAUGAAAGAGAUGGCGGAGAGUAAGCACCAGUACAGCAUCGAUGAGCUGAAGCACCGAGAGAACCUGAUUCAGUCCCGGCUGGAGAAUGAGCAGGCCCAGCAGGAGGAGCUGGAGAAGCACAAGGCUGCAUUUGUCGAGCACCUGAAUGGUUCCUUCCUGUUUGACAGCAUGUACACCGAGGACAUGGAGGGCAACAAGCUAGCCUACCUGCCUGGCGUCAGCGAGCUCCUUCAGGCCUACAAGGACAAGUUCAUCAUCAUCUGCCUAAACAUUUUCGAAUACGGCCUGAAACAGCAGGAGAAGCGGAAAUUGGAGCUUGAUACGUUCUAUGAGUGUGUCCAGGAGGCCAUCCAAGAAAACCAGGAGCAGGGCAAACACAGGAUUGCCAAGUUUGAGGAGAAACACUUGCUGAGUCUAAAUGCCAUUCGAGAUGAGUCUGAACUGACCAACUUCGAGAUGAAGAUAGUGGAAUAUGGCAAGGACAUCACGGAGCUGUUCAACGUGCUCAUGACACUGGAGAUGCAAUUGGUAGAGCAGCUGGAGGAGACUAUAAACAUGUUUGAAAGGAACAUCAUUGACUUGGUGGCACUCUUUAUUGAAAAUGUGCAAAGCCUGAUGGCUCAGUGUCGGGACCUGGAGAACCACCACCACGAGAAGCUUCUGGAGAUCUCCAUCAAUACUCUCGAGAAGAUACUGAAGGGCGAUGUUGAUGAGGACCUGCCUGAUGACUUGCGCCCACUUUUUGUUGACAAAGAUACGAUCUUUAAUGCUGUUGGGGCGUCACAUGACAUCCACCUCCUGAAGAUCGACAAUCGAGAAGAUGAGCUGGUGACCAGGGCCAACUCUUGGUGUACGCACUUAGUAGACACGAUCCACAAGAAUGAGAUCAUGAGGAAUCGCAGGCGAGUCAAGGAGAUCAAUCAGUACAUUGACCACAUGCAGAAUGAACUGGACAGCCUAGAAUGCAGUGACGUCAUAGAUUAGGGCCAUGCGGCCCAGCCAGUCCUGGGAACACAGCCCUCGGCCCCUGCAGCCCGUGCACACGCCACUCACAUCCCUGACCACCUCACGAGCAUCACUGGGACUUUCUCAACCCACAACACCCACCCACCCUCAGCACCAUUCUUUCCCCUCCCCUGGGAAAACUUAAACACGUAGAG